AUUUUGAUUUGUCGUCUGUGAAACAUAAACAUAACCUAAACUAAAAAAUUUAAAUUGGAAUUUUUUAUUCAAUAAUAAUUAACCUAAUUCGUAUUUAUAUUUUCUAACAAGUUUUCACUGCGAUGGCAACAACUAGAUUAGAAAGGAUCGGUAGCAUCUUUUCCAGAACGGAAGGCCUCCUGUUACGCGGCGCAAUAAAGCCGGAUGACCGGCCGCUGUGGUUCGACGUGUACAAAGCGUUCCCGCCCGCCGUGGAGCCGAAGUUCGCUCGCCCCAAACUGGAGAACCUGACCAUCAAACCGAUCCUAUACAAAGAAGAUCUUAUAAGAGCGAAGUUUCAUGCAAAAGGUCAAGGACUGAGUGUCAAUAUGCUCAAUACUACUGGAGAAACUCAAACCAAGAGACUCAUUCAAACGUACCAGCGCCUGCAGUCAGAAGGCGUUCCUGAAGAAGAACUAAUUCAGAAGUCCACAGAAGCGGUGGAAAGUGCUCGUCGUUCACCAGCUGACACCAAAAUUAUCGCUAAAAACCCCGAGUCAGUGACUGCUAAAGUAUUGGCGGAGGCGGACCUUAAGAACAUAUUUAAAGAAUAGAUUAUGGUUUAAUGAAUUAGUUUUAUUAGUUAAAUAAGUAGGUGCAUAGAUUUAUUGAUAUUAAACGUUGUGUACGUAA